UUUCAUGUAUUGCUCUAGUGGUCUAUCGUACCGUACGCCAUAUUUUUUCUUUGUAUGUAAUUAGAAACUAACGAGAACGUUUUGAUAUUAUUUAUUUUUAAAUAUUAAGUUCUGAGCAUCGUAGCAAUGGAAGACCAAGGAGGCAGUUCUGCUCCCAGAGUAAGCGACAAGAAGUUGGCGCAGACACAGGCUAAAGUUGAUGAAGUUGUCGGCAUUAUGCGUGUCAAUGUCGAGAAAGUUUUGGAGAGAGAUCAGAAGUUGUCCGAGCUAGAUAAUCGCGCCGAUGCCCUUCAGCAUGGAGCAGCGCAGUUCGAACAACAAGCUGGUAAGCUUAAAAGGAAGUAUUGGUGGCAAAACUUGAAGAUGAUGUUGAUAAUUGGUGCUAUUGGUGCAGUGUUACUCAUCAUUAUAAUAGUGUCGCUGACUGGUGGCUCUUCAGGGGGUAGCGCGGCCCCAGCCCCCGCCCCAGUGACUGAAGCUCCUGCUGCUGGUACAGGACGAUAAUCAACAAUAUAAAUCAACCAUGAAUGUUCCAAGGAUUAGUAUGAAACGAAAAUAUGUCAG